AUGUACACACUCGGUUUCACAUCAGCCUUCCUGCUUGCUGCUGGCUUCAACAUCGGGGUUCUCUCCAGUAUUGCUAUCUACAGAUUGGUAUUCCACCGUUGCAGGAAGUUUCCGGGACCUUUCCCCGCGAAGCUCUCGAAGUUUUACGCGGCUUCACUUUCGGCAAAGGACGUUCAGUUCUACAAAGAGCUGGCGAAUCUGCAUGGACAAGAGAUCAGUAUCAACCGCAAAGAAGCUGUCCCGCUGCUUUACGGACCCAACUCACAAUGUCUAAAAUCGACCUGGUAUGGACAAACUGGCAAUGACCCGCAGAAGUGUUCAAUCCACAUGACUCGUGACUUCAACGGCCAUCGCCUGCGUCGCAGAGCAUGGGAUAAAGGCUUUUCCAUCAAAGCUCUGAGCUCGUAUGAACCUCGCAUCAAGUCAAAGGCAGAUCUAUUCAAAUCUCAGCUUGCAAAGGCUGCAGGAAAGCCCAUGGACGUAUCAACUUGGUCAAUGUUCUUCAGCUUCGACGUCAUGGGCGAAGUUGGUUUUGGCAAAGACUUCAAUAACCUCAACACUGGUGUUGAACACUCUGCUAUCAAGGGCGUGCACUCUCACAUGACUAUGCUUGCAACAACACUCGCCUCUGCCCUCUUCUACCUCGCCAAAAACCCCUCCACGCAAAAGAAACUUCAAGCCCAUCUCGACCGCGCCAUGCCUGGUGGCUACUCAGACUGGUCCUAUGAAAAAGUCAAAUCGGUAUCCUACGUCGAUGACUUCAUCAACGAGACGCUGCGGCUCAAGCCCGCGCUGCUAACCGGUGGCGCGAGAGAAACGCCCGCAAAGGGUAUCCAAGUCGGCGAUGUGUAUAUUCCGGGAAACACUAAUGUCAUGGUCCCAAUUUGGCUCAUUCAGAGGGAUGAGCGGUAUUGGCCUGAGGCGGAUAAGUUUGUGCCGGAGAGGUUUGGCGAGAGGAGGGAGGAGAUGGGGACGGAUAAGGCGCCUUAUCUUCCGUUCUCGCUGGGUAAGAUACCACGUAUUGGGGGUUUGCGUGCAUUUGCUGACAUUGAAAUAGGUGCAUAUGCUUGUCCGGGAAAGAACCUCGCUCAGUUGAGCUUGCGCACUUCGCUUUCGAUGAUUGCGCAGAACUUUGAUGUUGCGUUUGCGCCGGGUGAGGAUGGGGUUACGUUUGAUAAUGAGAUGUUGGAUACGUUUACUGUGACGCUGCCGCCUCUGCAGUUGCAGUUCACUCCGCGAAAUGCUGCAUAG